AUGGAAAUUAAAUUAGGAGACUUUGGUCUAGCUACUAAACUUGAAUUUGACGGAGAAAAAAAACGUACAAUAUGUGGUACUCCAAAUUAUAUUGCUCCUGAAAUUUUAGAUGGUAAAGUAGGACAUUCAUACGAAGUUGAUAUAUGGUCUUUAGGAUGCGGCCACUUACAGAUUCAAGGAAACAAAAAUUAAUGA